AACCCUCAGGGCUGCCGCUGGGAAGGCCUGAGGAGGGACUCGGGCCAGGAGAGGAGAAGACAAGGCUGUCUGCUGCUGGCUCUGCAGCUGAGGCCUCUCCAGGGAGGGUCAGGCCACCAGAAAAUCCACCUGUCUUUGCUGUGUGUGGGCCAUGAGUGAACUCCCAUCUAGGGCCCCCAUGGGGUCCUUGGGACUCCAAGUAAACAGAGGCUUACAGGGCUCCCCGGAAGUCCCUACAGCUGCCUCAAAGCCUCGGCACAGUCUGGGUGUUCUCCAUGCCUCGUACAGUGUCAGCCAUCGAGUUGGGCCCUGGUGGGACGUCACAUCUUGCCGGCAGCAGUGGAACAGACAGAUCCUCAAAGAUGUUUCUUUGUAUGUAGAGAGUGGGCAGAUCAUGUGCAUCUUAGGGAGCUCAGGCUCGGGGAAAACCACGCUGCUGGACGCCAUGUCCGGGAGGCUGCGCCGUGCGGGGACCUUCCUCGGGGAGGUGUAUGUGAACGGCCGGCCGCUGCGCACCGAGCAGUUCCAGGACUGCUUCUCCUACGUCCUGCAGAGCGAGACUCUGCUGAGCAGCCUCACGGUGCGCGAGACGCUGCGCUACACGGCGCUGCUGGCCAUCCGCGGCGGCUCCGCGGGCUUCUUCCAGAAAAAGGUGGACACCGUCAUGGCUGAGUUGAGUCUCAGCCACGUGGCUGAUAGAUUAAUUGGAAACUACAACUUCGGGGGAAUUUCCAAUGGCGAGCGGCGCCGGGUCUCCAUUGCAGCCCAGCUCCUCCAGGAUCCCAAGGUCAUGCUGUUUGAUGAGCCAACCACAGGCCUGGACUGCAUGACUGCAAAUCAGAUCGUCCUCCUCCUAGCAGAGCUGGCUCGCAGGGAGCGCAUUGUGAUCCUCACCAUCCACCAGCCCCGCUCUGAGCUCUUCCAGCUCUUUGACAAAAUUGCCAUUCUGAGCUACGGAGAGCUGAUUUUCUGUGGGACACCAGUGGAAAUGCUUGAUUUCUUCAGUGGCUGCGGUUAUCUUUGUCCUGAACACUCAAAUCCUUUUGACUUUUAUAUGGACCUGACAUCGGUGGAUACCCAAAACAAAGAACGGGAAAUAGAAACCUUCAGGAGAGUCCAGGUGAUUGAAUCUGCCUACAAAGCAUCAAUGAUUUAUCACAAAAUGCUGGAGAAUAUUGAAAGAACAAAACACCUGAAAACAUUACCAAUGCUUCCUUUCAAAACCAAAGAUUCUCCUGGUGCUCUCUCUAAACUGGGUGUUCUCUUGAGGAAAGUGACGAGAAACUUAAUGAGAAAUAAGCUGGCAGUGAUUAUGCGUCUGGUUCAGAAUCUUGUCAUGGGUUUGUUCCUCAUUUUCUACCUUCUACGAGUCCAGAAUGAUGUGCUCAAGGGUGCCAUCCAGGACCGCGUGGGUCUCCUGUACCAGUUUGUGGGUGCCACCCCGUACACAGGCAUGCUCAACGCCGUGACUCUGUUUCCUGUGCUGCGAGCUGUCAGCGACCAGGAGAGCCAGGACGGCCUGUAUCAGAAGUGGCAGAUGCUUCUGGCCUACAUGCUGCACAUCCUCCCCUUCAGCAUCAUUGCUACCAUGGUUUUCAGCAGUGUGUGUUACUGGACUCUGGGCUUAUACCCUGAGGUUGCCAGAUUUGGAUAUUUCUCUGCUGCUCUCUUGGCCCCACACUUAAUUGGUGAAUUCCUAACUCUUGUGCUCCUUGGUAUUAUCCAAAACCCAAAUGUGGUCAACAGUAUAGUGGCUCUUCUCUGCAUUGCUGGACUGCUUGUGGGAUCUGGAUUUGUAAGAAACACAGAAGAUAUGCCCAUUCCUUUAAAAAUCUUAAGUUAUUUUACAUUCCAAAAAUAUUGCUGUGAGAUUCUUGUAGUCAAUGAGUUCUAUGGACAGAAUUUCACUUGCGGCAGCUCAAAUGGUUCUGUGACAGCUAAUCCAAUGUGCGCCUUCACUCAAGGAAUUCAGUUCAUUGAGAGAAACUUCCCGGGUGCAACCUCCAGAUUCACAACAAACUUUCUGUUUUUAUAUGCAUUUACGCCAAGUCUUAUCAUCCUAGGGAUAGCUGUUUUUAAAAUUAGGGAUCAUCUCAUUAGCAGAUAGUAAAGAACAUUGUUAUAAAAUAGAACUUAAGUGCCUAGAUGUGCAUGACUGCUUUGAAUGUCUGAAAUAAGAAUGUCUGUGUUUCUUGACAGAACAUCUUAAGUUUUUUAACCAUUAAGACUCCAUUUGUGCCCACUGGAUUCAUGCAGGCCUUGAACACUAUUCCAACUUGUAGGGACAUGUUGUUUUGAAAAUUGUGACUGAGGUGUUCCAAAAAUGUGAAUAAUAAUAAUUCAUAAAGUUAUGGGAGACAAGUGUGACUUUUCAUUUUCUUUGUUCUAGACAUAGAAAAACAGGUCAGUGAAAAAGAUUAUGCUUACAUUUGAUAAAGGAUUUGGUAAAAAGAAAACAUCUGAAUGAUUACUGACUGUAAGUAACAGAAAAGAGAGUUGUGGGUUUGACUGAAGCAAAGCAUCAUACCGGAGUGGGUAAGAAUGCUAUCAAUAUCAUUUAAAAACCCACACUUAUGUGCACAUAUCCAUGAGAGGUUAGAGGUACCUGAUCAAGUGGAGAGGAUAUAGGACAGAUGUUAGAUGAUGAAGAACACUGAUUUGGAGUACCCAAUGAGUUCAAUGAGCGUUUAAAUGAAAAACUGCAGGAAUGGGCUGAACUGGGAACACAGCACACCAGACAAAACUCUGGUUAUGUGUUUAGAGAUUUGUUGGCUACUUUUCACUUUUUGCAGAGUUUACUAACAAAAUUAAAAGUACAUAUUGCUAGAUAAAGUGUAUGGAGUGAAAAAUGACAUCUUUAACAUUAGAGAACAGCUGUUAAUUUUAAGUCCCUACAGAAAAGAUGCUCAGCUGCCAUAACAUUUACACUAAGAAGAAGAGGGUUACACAUCAGGAAUUCAUGUCCUUGAACCGUUAAGAUAUACUGAUAAAUACAGACAUCUAUAUUACAUAUUUUUAGGGAUGAAAUGAGAUGAAAUCUUUCUGAUCUAUUUUCAAGUAAUUCAUGUACAACUCUGAAAUGAAACUGUCGCAAUGUUACCAUGGUAACUUUGAGUGAGAAUAUCUUAGAGAGUACAUGAACUUGUUCAGUUACUGUGACCUAACUUGUAAAGAAUGAUAAAUUAUAGCAUUUGAAAUGUCUCACAUUAUAGUAGGAAAGAUCAUUUCAUUAAGGAAACCACAGUAAAAUUCUAUUUCUUAGAACAGUAUUUAAGGAUCUGGAGACAUUGGUAAAUUACCAGAAUAGUACUGUCAAUUUUUAUAAAAGGUCUUUGACACUGAUGAUUAUGGUAUAAUAGUUACAUAAUGCCUUACAGAUUAUAUAUGUCACAUCAGUUAUAGACAAUUCUGAAGAUGAUAAUCUAUUAAAGUAGUUCAAAGAGAGUCCCACAGGAACCUCUUUUGAAAUCACUGAUUUCAACUUACUAAAGAUAUGGGUGUACAAUGUAAGUAGAAACAUUUUCUACUAUUCAUAUGUAGAUGAAUUUCAUUCUAGCUCAGAAACAUUUGGAAAAUUGACAAAGCACGUGACUUCAAGCUAUUAAAUGUUAGUGAUACCAUCUUAAAAAAACACAAUGACUUUCAACAUGUGACAGUUUAUGUCUAAGUCAAAAAUGGACAGUGAUGUACAGAAUAACCAAAUUAUAUAAUAAAAAUUUUUAUUACUAUUGUGGAAUAGCCUGUUUCUUCCCCAAAAUGGGCAGCAAUGUGUAAAAAAAAUCAAAUUAUAUACUAAAAAUGUCUAUUACUAUUGUGGAAUAGGCUAUUUCUUCCCACCAUAUCAGUGAUAUUUCUGAGCUCAUAAUGCUCACAAUUAUUUUAAAGACAGUUCUUUCUCCAUAGUUAGGUUGCCUGUCUGAUCCUAAGACAUGAAAACAUGCUGAAAACCCCAUUGUCAAGAGUGUUGGAAUUACUAGUUUAGGAAGUCGCAUUUCAUUGCAAUAAUCAGGUAGUUAGCAAUCCACUUAGAUAUCACUCAUUCCUCUCAGUGUUAUUGGGGUUAAGUGUGCUUAUUUGAAGCUAGGUACAUGGCAUAUUAUAGUUGACAUAUAUUGUAGGAGAAAUAGAAGACACAGACUAAAUGAUGUUCCUGGUAAAUGAGAGCAAUUAUGCUUACUCCAAAUUGAACCUGGCUAGCAGGUACACAAAUCUACAGGAUUAACAAGGCUUGCUAUUCCCCCUUGGAAAUGAUCUUGGUUAUUACCAAUUCAUGAAGUUUUGGCUUACUUAUUCAUAGAAUGUCUCCUUAAAUUUGCCUGUUCUUCAAAAAGUUAUACUCCAAAGAGUAGGUGAGAAUCACCAGAAAAACUGAUUAAAAAUACAGAUUACUGAGCCCCAUUCCAGACCCACUGAUUCAGGAUCUCUGGGUGUGGGACUCAGGAAUGUGCACGUUAAAUCAGUACCACAGGUGCUCGGGAUGCCCCACUGUUACUAAAACGAUGAAAGCUGAGAAAAUAAACCCAUUCCAGUUUUCUGCCAGACACAGCAGAGAACUCCUUAGAGAAGGAAUGUGUCCAGUAUGAGCACAGAACGUUAUAACUGUUACUAAAUGCUCUUCUUUCAUAUAUUCCCGAAAACAGAUGCAGAAACUGAGUAUCCUGUACUUACUUACACAUGUUAGGGGAAGACAUUAGAGAUUCUUUUAACUUUUUAAAGAAUAUUACAUGUAAUUACACAAUCUUCCCCCCUUUUAAAAGAUAUAAAACUAUCCAGGGAGUUACACUAAUACAAGACCUUCCACUUUUCCUUUAACAAAUCACACAUCUUUAUUUUCUUCAUUUAUUACCAUAAUAGUUAAUUAAUAAAAUAAUAUUGUGUUUGGGAAAGAAGA